AUGCUUCCUAGAAAGAGACACUGCGAAGGAGUGGUUAAGGAAGAGGCAGCUACUGAUAGUUUUCCAAAGAAGAAGAAUCUGAUUGUCACAGUUGGAACUGAGGGUUCGGUUGUGAAUAGCGACCAGAGUCUAAGCAGUAGUAGUAAUAACAACAGCAAUAGCGAGACGACUCUUGAACAAGGAACCUACGUCAUGACUUUGGGAGAUGCCAAUCCGUCGGAUAUUUAUGAAGACCUUUAUAGCCGGCAACUUGCUGUGUAUGGUCGAGAGACCGUGCGUAGGCUCUUUGGGGCUAGUGUUCUUGUGUUUUGGAUGCAGGGUCUUGGCGCUGAGAUUGCAAAGAAUCUCAUUCUUGCUGGUGUCAAGUUUGUUACCUUACAUGAUGUGGGAACUGUUGAGCUAUGGAAUCUGUCUAGCAGUUUUGUGUUUUCGGAGAAGGAUCUUGGCAAAAACAGAGCAUUGGCUUCUGUUGGUAAGUUGCAAGAGUUGAACAAUGCAGUGGUUGUGCAAAGCUUGACUUCAGCGCUGACAAAACACCAACUUGUUGAUUUCCAAGCUGUUGUUUUUACUGAUGUUAGUCUUGAGAAAGCCAUUGAGUUCAAUGAUUACUGUCACAAUCAUCAACCUCCUAUUGCUUUUAUUAAAACUGAAGUUAGAGGCCUUUUUGGUUCUGUCUUCUGUGACUUUGGGCCUGAGUUUACUGUUUUUGAUGUUGAUGGAGAGGAACCCCAUACUGGCAUAGUUGCAUCUGUCACUAAUGACAAUCCUUCUCUAGUAUCCUUUGUUGAUGACGAGGUAGCUUGA